AUGGGGGUCCUCCGAGCAUCAAGUCCAGGUUGGGGUGGAACUCUUGGACUUGCUAAAAGUCUUGUAAAGAAAGUUGUGAGACUAGACAUUCCUGUUGACAAGUAUCCAAGUUACAACUUUGUUGGUCGUUUACUGGGACCACGUGGGAACUCCUUAAAAAGAGUUGAAGCUUCAACUCAAUGCAGGGUUUAUAUACGAGGUCGAGGUUCAGUGAAGGAUUCAAUAAUGGAAGAAAGCUUACGGGAUAAACUUGGAUAUGAACACUUAAACAAACCACUACACAUACUAUUGGAGGCAGAAUUUACACCAGACAUAAUUGAUGCUCGCUUAAACCAAGCUGUUGCCACCCUUGAAGAUCUUCUGAAGCAUGUGGACGAGUCAAUGGACUACUACAAGAAGCAACAGCUCAGGGAGUUAGCCAUACUCAACGACACGUUCAGGGAAGAGAGUCCACAAAUGAGCCCACAAAUGUUCAGGGAGUUGGCCCACAGGAAACAGUUGUAA